GCAUCCUUUCUCUGAACAGAUGACACAUGAAGACAAUUCAAUGGAGCUCCAACCCCAGCCCUCUUACAGGGACUUAACCCAGCAGAUGGCGGCAGAACAACCCCGUUCCUGGUCUCUGGACUUCUUGUUACGCAGGUUGAGGUCCAUAGAGAGCAACCAGGGUGACAAGUUUGCCAGUAUCAUGGAAGCGAUGGGGAAGUUUGGCCCCUUCCAACGAAGGCUGGUGGCCCUGGCCUUCAUCCCCAACCUCCUGGCGGUCGUGUUCAUGUACGCGGACCUCCUCGUGGCCGCAGAGCAGAAGGCCUAUUGCAACACCAGCUGGAUUCUGGCCGUGGGCCCUAACCUGUCAGAGGCUGAGCAGCUGAAUCUGACCCUGCCCCGGUUCAAAAACGGCAGCUUCCUGACCUGCCGCAUGUUCCUGCCUGUGAGCUGGGAUUUGGAUUCCAUCAUCAAGUAUGGCCUCAACUACACACAGUCGUGCAGCCAGGGGUGGGUCUAUCCUGAGAGCAAGACGCGAUCAGUGAUCAAUGAGUUUGAUCUGGUGUGUGGUGAGGAAUUUUCCCCGGAAGCCGUGCAGUCCAUGUUCCUGACAGGCCUCCUGACGGGGGCGCUCAUCUUCGGGUUCAUAAGCGACAAGCUUGGCCGCUACCCCUCCAUCCUGCUGUCGAACGUGGGGAUCAUCAUCUUUGGCUUUGGGACAGCUUUCGUCAACAGCUUUCACCAGUACCUGUUCUUCCGCUUCGGGGUGUCCCAGGCCCUGGUGGGCCACAGCAUCACCAGCAUGGCUUUAACUGUUGAGUGGCUCGUGGGCGAGCACCGGGCCCACGCCAUCAUCCUGAGCCAGUGCUUCUACUCUCUGGGGCUCAUUUUCCUGAGUGCCUUCGCCUACAGCUUUUCCAACUGGCGGUUGCUGUUUCUGUUGGGCACGGCCCCCGUGUUAUUCCUCGUCUCCUUUAUCUGGAUUCUCCCAGAGUCCCCUCGGUGGCUGUUGGUGAAGGGGAAGGUAGAGGAGGCCAAGCACGUACUGCGCUAUGCAGCGGACAUGAACAAGAGGACCAUUCCUUUAAGUCUGUUGGACAAGCUACAGGUGCCUGGAAAGAAUGUGACCAAUGCCUCCAUCCUGGACUUCUAUAACAAUAGUCAACUGCGCAAGGUGACCUUGGUGAUGGGCUGUGUGUGGUUUAGUGUUGGUCACAGCUAUUCUACAUUGACCUUGAAGAUGAGGGAUUUUGGUGUGAAGUACCAGAUGAGCACGAUAAUUCCUGGCAUGAUGGGGAUGCCUGCCCGGCUGUGCAGCAUCUUUCUCUUUGAGCAUUUUGGGAGGAAGUGGACUAUGGCUGGGUCUCUCUUCCAAGGCAGCUUCCUGAACUUGCUUAUUCUUUUCAUCCCCUCAGAGUUGAAAACCACGCUGAUGCUGUUGAUCCUGGUGGGACAAAUCAGCCUGAGCGCCUUGAUCACCUUGUUCUUCGCCUACGGUGCCGAGCUCCUGCCCACCAUCCUCAGGACGACGGGUCUGGGGCUGGUGACUCUGGCCUGGGCAUCUGGAUCCUUUGUGUCCCUGGCAUUCAUCACCUGGAGUCCUCCCAGCAUCACCAAUUAUAUUGGCUGCAUCUCGGCCAUUCUGUCCUUGUCCCUCUUCUAUAUGCUUCCAGAGACGCAGAAUCUGCCCCAUUCCGAUACUCUGGACCACUUUCCCUUGUACAGGAGGAGGUAGGUGUGUGAGGGCUUUGGUCAGCACAGGGCCUGGUUCUCAAGCUCUGAACGUACGUCAAGUGCUGUCCAUUCCUGCCCCUUUGCCCAAAGGGCCUGUGACGUCAGAGGCACCGUGUCCACAGCUUCUUCCCGCUCUCCUGAUCUG